AUGUCUUUACUUGUGAAAUUCGAAUCAAAGUCGGCUAGAGUGAAAGGAAUCUCAUUUCAUCCGACUCGCCCAUGGGUGCUCGCUUCGCUGCACAGUGGAAUCAUUCAGCUAUGGGACUAUCGAAUGCACGUGCUGCUCGACAAAUAUGACGAACACGAUGGACCCGUUCGAGGGAUUUGCUUCCACGCAGAUCAACCAAUCUUCGUUUCCGGUGGUGAUGACUACAAAAUCAAGGUGUGGAACUACAAACAAAAGCGAUGUAUCUUCACCCUGCUUGGCCAUUUGGACUACAUUCGAACCACAUUCUUCCAUCACAAAUAUCCAUGGAUUAUCUCUGCUUCAGAUGAUCAGACGGUGAGAAUUUGGAAUUGGCAAAGUCGGCAGAGCAUCGCCAUCUUGACGGGACAUAACCACUACGUGAUGUGCGCUCAAUUCCACGCAUCGGAAGAUCUCGUCGCUUCCGCUUCACUUGAUCAAACGGUUCGCAUUUGGGACAUCUCGGGACUUCGUAAGAAGCAAAUGCCUGGAGGUGGAGUGCCUGGCGGAGGCCGAGCUGGAGCUGCCGCUGGACAAGCCGAUCUUUUUGGACAACCUGAUGUCGUUGUUAAGCAUGUUCUCGAGGGGCACGAUCGAGGAGUUAACUGGGUUGCCUUCCAUCAAACAAUGCCGAUUUUGGUUUCCGGUUCAGACGAUCGUCAAGUGAAGAUGUGGCGUUACAAUGAAAGCAAGGCUUGGGAGGUUGAUGCUUGCCGUGGUCACUAUAACAAUGUCUCGUCGGUCUUGUUCCACCCAAAUGCUGAAUUGAUCCUAUCGAACUCCGAAGACAAAAGCAUUCGCGUUUGGGACAUGCAGAAGAGGACCAGCUUACAUGUAUUCAGACACGAGAACGAGCGUUUUUGGGUGAUGUCGGCCCAUCCGAAUCUCAACAUGUUUGCUGCUGGACACGACAACGGAAUGAUUGUUUUCAAGAUUCAACGUGAAAGGCCGCCUUAUUGUGUCUCCGACAAUCUGGUUUUCUACGUCAAGGACAAGACAAUGAGGCGCUUAGAUUUGACCACCGGAAAAGACCAAGCUGUUGUGAAACUUCGUGCUGGAGCUGCCUUCAUGCAACCCUACUAUGCGCUUCACUAUAAUGCUGCGGAAAGCUGCUUCUUACUUACAACACGCUCACACAAUCGGGAAAUGUGCACCUACGACGUAUACAAAGUUGUCAAAGAAGGAGGCGAAGGAAAUGAUGCCGCUGUAGCCAAUCGAUCCGCUGGAGUUGCUGCUGUUUGGGUGGCUCGCAACAGAUACGCUGUAUUGGACAAAAAUCAUCAGAUUUCUCUUCGCGAUUUGACAAACAAGGAGCUUCGCAAGAUUGAACACAACAUCGCAGUCAAUGACCUCUUCUAUGCUGGAACCGGAUUGUUGCUACUUGGAAAUGAUGAAGGGCUCCAUUUAUUUGAUGUGCAGCAAAAACGAGUGAUUGCUCAUGUCAAAGCAAACAAGGUGAAAUAUGUGGUUUGGUCAGCCAACAAUGAAAGCGCCGCUUUGAUUUCAAAGUCUGCCGUGAUUCUCGUCAAUCGUCGCCUUGAGGUACUCUACACUGUGAAUGAAUCUGUUCGUGUCAAAACCGGAUGUUGGGAUGGAAACGAAGUCUUCCUAUACAGCACAAGCAAUCACAUCAAAUAUGCAUUGGUCGCUGGCGAUAGUGGAAUCGUGCGAACUUUGGAUGUGCCACUUUAUCUUCUGGCUAUCAAACAAUCCAACUUGUUUUGCUUGAAUCGUGAAGCGCAACCCGUAGAAGUUCCAAUUGAUCCAACCGAAUACCGCUUCAAGUUGGCGUUGAUCAAUCGCCGAAUCGAUGAAGUGCUUAAUACUGUGAAAUCGGCUAAUCUUGUUGGACAAUCAAUCAUUGGUUAUUUGGAAAAGAAGGGGUAUCCUGAGAUUGCUCUUCACUUUGUGAAAGACGAAAAGACUCGCUUUGGUUUGGCUCUCGAAUGUGGCAAUCUUGACGUGGCUUUGGAGACGGCAAAAGUUAUGGAUGAAAAACCAAUCUGGGAAGCACUUGGAGAAGCCGCUUUGAUGCAUGGCAACCACCAGAUUGUUGAAAUGGCCUAUCAAAGAACUAAGGAUUUCGAACGCCUGGCCUUCCUUUACCUUGUUACGGGAAACACUGAGAAGCUCUCAAAAAUGAUGCGCAUUGCUGAAAUGAGAAAAGAUGCUCAUGGUCAUUUCCAAACGGCUCUUUAUCUUGGUGACGUGAAAGAGCGAACAAAAGUGUUGCGUAACUUGGGACAAUCAUCUCUUGCCUAUCUUAAUGCUGCAACCCAUGGAUUUGAGGAUGAAGCCGAGGGACUAAAGGCUGAAUUGGAAGCAAAAGGACAGCCCGUACCACCAGUUGAUCCGAACGCUCGCUUGCUUGUCCCUCCACCUCCGAUUAUCAAGAUUGAAGAGAACUGGCCUCAAUUGGCAACCGCUCGUGGUCCGUUUGAUGCACAACUUCUUGGUCUCGCUCCAUCUGCCACCUCAAAGACGACCGCCGGAAAAACCCCUGCCGCUACUGCAUUUGCUGUGGCCGAUGGAGACGAAGAGCUGGGCGAAGGCGAAGCUGGUUGGGGUGACGACGAUGAGUACCUCGUUGACGAAAAUGGAGAAAUGGAAAUCGACGAAGGUGAUCUUGCACAUGAAGGCAAUGAUGGAGAAGGUGGUUGGGAUGUGGAUGACGAUCUUGCGAUUCCAGAGAUUUCCAACGAUCAAGGAGAAGCCGACGACGAAGGAUUUGUUGUGCCCGUUCGCGGACCAAAGCCCUCAACUCACUGGACUCAAGGAUCUCGUCUUGCUGCCGAUCAUGUUGCUGCAGGCUCAUGGGAAACUGCUGAAAGAAUUCUAAAGGAUACUAUUGGGCUGUCUGAUAUUCAGCCAUUGAAGACUAUCUUUGCCGAAGCAUUUGCCCGUUCUCGCACUGUUUACCUCGGAAUGCCCGGCGUAUCAAAACCACUCUUCGGAUAUCCUUUGCGUAACUGGCAAGAAGCUACUGGACGUAAUGGGCUGCCGGUUGCUCCAUUCAAUCUUAAACAUCUGGCCAGCCAACUGCAGCAAAACUAUCUUCUUACAACCCAAGGAAAGUUUGUUGAAGCGGUCGAUGGUCUUCGUGAAAUCCUGCACAGCGUACCUCUCCUCGUUGUCAACAGCAAGCAAGAAGUGGCCGAAGCUGAACAACUCGUGGAGAUCUGCCGAGAAUACCUGGCUGGACUUUUGCUUGAGACAUAUCGCAAAGAUCUUCCCAAGAAUAGCCCUGAAGAAAUCAAGAGAAACGCUGAACUUUGUGCCUAUUUCACCAACUUCGAACUCCAGCCCGUGCAUCGGAUAUUGACGCUUCGAACUGCGGUCAAUACGUUCUUCAAGUUGAAGCAAAUGCGGACGUGCUCUUCAUUGUGUCGGCGUCUUCUCGAGCUUGGACCAAAACCGGAAGUUGCUGCGCAAAUUCGCAAAGUGCUAGCCGUUGCUGAAAAAGAAAACAACGAUGCUAUUGAGUUGGCCUACGAUGAGCACAAUCCCUUCAAAGUUUGCUCACGUACAUUUACUCCACUUUAUCGAGGACGUCCACAAACGCGUUGUCCGUUCUGUGGUGCAUUCUACUCGGAGGGUCUGCAGGGAGAGACGUGUGACGUGUGCUUGGUGGCCGAGAUUGGAAAAUCUGCAUCGGGACUUCGUAUAUCCGCCGUGCAAUCUCAACGC